AUGUCAGAGCACGGGUGUCUUUGUUCUGCACCUCUCUUCAAUGUUGCCCCAUUGGGGAAACUCUUACCCGGCAAGGAGAACAUCAACAGGUCAUAUCAGGCUUUCAAUGUGACAUUCGAUCCUUUUGUCGAUAUGCUGUCCACACGCAAGACUUCCGAUCAAUAUGAAACCAACAAAGAAAGUGUCUUCGAGGGCAAUCCGGGUUGGACAUCGCUGUUCGGAUUCACGACUAGAAGACACCUCCCGACUCUCAUAUUCGGGUCUAUCUUCGCCCUGGUUGCUAGUUUUGUCACACCUGCACUUGCAAUCUUCCUUGGCAAUGUGUUUGACUCUUUUACCUCUUUCGGUUCCGGUCACACUGAUUCCAAAGGGCUUCAUAGCCAAGUUAUCACACACUGCUUUGGAAUGAUUGGACUGGGAGUAACGGGGUGGUUUUUGAACGGUGCAUACUAUGCUCUGUUCGUUGCAUUCGGAGAAAUGCAGGCCUCUGUUAUUCGCAGCCAAGUGUUUCUAGAGUUGCUCAAACGCGAUUUGGAGUGGUUCGAGGCCAAAAACGAAGGCUCCGGCGCUUUUCUGUCGGGAAUUCAAGCACACAUCCAUGAAAUGCAGAUGGCAACAUCGCAGCCACUUGGACUCGUACUGCAAUACUCUUGCCGUUCACUAGCUUCACUAGGGCUGGGUUUCUACACAUCAUGGCGCCUCUCGCUGGUAACUCUUGCGGGUAUUCCCAUCUUCUCGGCAAUUAUCGGAUUCCUCUCCUCCAAAAUGAAAUUUAGCAUUACAGCACAGCAGGCUGAGCUUACCGAAGCUUCCAAGGUUGCCAACAAUGCUAUUACCAAUAUCGAUACGGUCAAAUUUCUCAAUGGGCAGGCCUAUGAGCAUCGGAACUUUGCUGAGCGCAUUGAGAGAUCUGCUACACACUACCUUCGACAAGCUCGGUUGAAUUCUCUGCAACUUGCUAUCAUCCGGUGGAUGAUGUUCGGGAUGUUUGUCCAGGGAUUCUGGUACGGCAGUUCGCUUGCACGCGCCGGUAAACUCACAUCCGGAGAAGUUCUAAGAACUUUCUGGGCCUGCCUGACCGCAGCUCAGUCCAUCGAGCAGGUAUUGCCGCAGAUGAUCGUGAUGGAAAAAGGAAAGGUCGCUGGUGUUGCCUUGAAAUCGAUUAUACAGAGCGGGAGAAAAGACAAAAUUGUGAGUGAGGUCAAAGGAACUCGGUAUCCGGAACACUGUGAAGGUGAUAUCGAGGUCAAAAACGUGAGAUGGAAUCUCCCCAUGGGCCAGCCUGACCAAUGUGUACUCAAGCCGUCAAGCUUUUUCUUCCCCGCCGGAGAAACCACGUUCGUUAUAGGUAAAAGCGGCUCUGGUAAAAGUACGCUCAGUCAACUGCUGAUGCGGUUCUACUUGCCAACCUCAGGUGAAAUCCAGAUUGACCGCAAUCCCAUGGAAGAACUCGACGUCAACUGGAUCCGCAAUAACAUCACCCUUUUAGAGCAAAAAAGCAUUCUUUUCAAUGAGUCUGUGCUCACGAACAUCGCCUUCGGUCGUCAGGACCAUGCAGCCGUCACUAAGCAAGAUGUCAAAGCUCCCAUCGAAUUGGCCAUGCUUGAGAACACAAUCGACGGUCUCCCCAAAGGCAUCAACACUUGCGUUGGCCCGGGUGGAAGCUUUUUGAGUGGUGGCCAAAGGCAGCGAGUCGCCAUUGCCAGAGCGAAAUUACGCGACACCCCAAUUCUGAUCCUGGAUGAACCCACCAGCGCACUCGAUCACACAAACCGAAUUGCAGUGAUGAAAGCGAUCCGUGAGUGGCGGAAAGGAAAGACUACAAUUAUCAUUACCCACGAUAUGUCACAAAUCAUGGAACACGAUUUCCUGUACAUCCUCGAGCAGGGUUCGAUUGUGAACUCCGGCUACAGAUAUGCCGUCGAGGUCAGCCCGGGGAGCGAGAAGUAUUUCCAUACGAAAAUCAACAGUCGUCUGGAAACCAAGUCCCCGAGCAAGAGGGCUCUGGAUGACAUGGAAAUUCCAUGGGGGAGCUCAUCAUCGGAGAUUCUACACACCCUAAGACCCCCAACAGCUUUCCGCGGACAUCGUCGGUCCAGAGCAUCCUGGGCUCAAGGCCACAUCCCCCCAAACUUUCACUCCGGCUCACUAGACUUAACGAUGAGACGUAACUCGGAAUAUAUGGUCAGAAAUGGAGAUAUCCCCGGUUCGCCCUUUCAAGAUUGGAGCCAACGUCGUUCUUUUACGACAAAAGGACCUGCCCCUCAGCAGGACUCGAACGAAGCAACUAUUCAAAUUCCCGUGGAAGAAUUCGAAAUGGUGCACAUCGAUGAUCCGGGCUUGAAGUCAGACCAAUGGUCCAAUGAAAAUACCGCGAAAUAUCCAUCAGAAAGGCAGCGCAGUCGGCGAUCGCAUGGCCGCCGCAAGAAAUCAAAAGAGCAGCACCUGCCAAAAGAAGGAAUGACUCCGCUCUCUCAGAUCAUGGGCACCAUUCUGUCAACUUUGACGAUCAGACAGCGAAUCAUCCUCUUCCUGGGAUUCGCUGCGGCACUGGCCCAUGCAAGCGCAACCCCUAUUUUCUCAUAUUGUCUGUCGCAGCUGUUCGGAACCUUCUAUGCUGGAAACAACAGUGAACACCUAACAAUGGUAUGGUCGCUUGCUGUACUAGGAGUUUCUUUCGGAGAUGGCCUUGCGUCCUAUUUCAUGCACUACUUCCUUGAGCUUUGCGGUGAGGCAUGGAUGGAUUCCUUUAGGAAGAAUGCCUUUGAACGCAUUCUCGAUCAACCACGGGUUUGGUUUGAGAAGGAUAGUAACGGAUCUCUCAGACUCACAUCAUCUCUCGAUCAAAAUGGAGAAGACAUGCGAAAUCUGCUAGGCCGAUUCGCGGGGUUCGUGGUUGUUGCUGCAGCAAUCACCGUUGUGGCAAUCAUCUGGAGCUUGAUUGUUUGCUGGAAGUUGACACUCGUUGCUCUCUCCUGUGGACCCGUCAUUUUUGUCAUCACUCGAGGCUUCGAGGGAACAAAUGGGUUAUGGGAAAGACGAUGCAAUGAUGCGAACGUUGUCGCCGCUGAUGUCUUCACUGAGACCUUUUCAGAGAUUCGUACCGUGAGAGCAUUGACAUUGGAAGGUCACUUCCAUCGCAAACAAGCCAGUGCGAUCGCUAGCUGCUUGUUGCUGGGGUUGAAACGUGCCAUCUACACAGGCAUGCUUUUCGGCAUGGUCGAAUCGACUGUCAUAUUUUCUAGCGCUUUGAUCUUCUACUAUGGAGCAGUACUCGCGGCAUCUCGCGAGUUCAGCGUGAACGAUGUGAUGACAGUAUUCUCGAUGCUACUUUUCAGCAUUGGAUACGCCGCUCAGCUUCUGUCAUGGAUUCCCCAAAUCAACACCUCCCGUGAAAUAGCCACGCAGCUUAUUCGUCUUGCAAAUCUCUCACAUGAUGGAUCCCACGAGCACCUUGGCAGUUUGACGGUUUCCAAACUUACCCCCAUCAAGCUCACCAACGUGAAUUUCCAAUAUCCCUCGCGGCCAACCACAUCUGUGUUGAAGAAUGUCUCGAUUUCUAUCCCACCCAACUCCUGUACAGCGCUGGUAGGCCGAUCCGGGUCUGGGAAAUCCACAAUUGCGUCCCUGUUAUUAUCGCUUUAUGAAGCUCCGACCUCCGAAACUGGACAACCUACAGUGACACUCGGCGGCGCGGAUAUCCUUCGGCUUCAUGUUCCUACCCUCCGCUCACAGAUCUCCAUCGUAUCGCAACAACCAACUAUUUUCCCCGGCACUAUCCAUGAAAAUAUCAGUUACGGGCUGGACCCGCAUUCGGUUCUAGCCUCAUCUCAUAGUGUCCGAAAUGCCGCUCAAGGAGCAGGGAUUGAUGAUUUCAUUUGCUCUCUCCCUCGUGGAUAUAACACUGUGAUUGGAGAUGGCGGAGUUGGUCUUUCCGGUGGCCAGAAACAGCGCGUGGUCAUUGCAAGGGCUCUUUUGCGUCAACCUCAAAUCCUGAUUCUUGAUGAAGCCACGUCCAGCUUGGAUCCAGCGGGUGCGGAGAUCGUGCGGCAGACAGUGCAGCAGCUGGUGGCCGUACAUCAGGGGCUUACUGUCAUCAUUAUCACGCACUCGAAGGAAAUGAUCGAGAUUGCGAAUCAUGUCGUUGUUCUUGACCAAGGUGCUGUUGUAGAAGAUGGACCCUAUCGGGAUCUGGUGAAAAAUAAUGGUGGCAAGUUGCAUGCCUUGCUCAGUGACCCCGAAGAAGUCGGCAGUUAA